UUACCAGCCAAUGAACGAGGAAUGAUAACUUUGCUCCGGGUAAUGAUGCAAUCUCUCAUCGAACCAACUAAUGCAGUUGGAGAGGCAAUCAUUUUUUCCAACCAAUUCCCACACAACCAGGAUUCCCGCCGCGAAGGAGCUGAGACCGAGAAGCGAAACUUGGAGAAGGUUUUUGUUACUACAUUGAAGUUUGAAUAUCUUAAUGGAACGUCUUUAAACGGAGACAUCUCUAGGAAACUAUGGGACCAUAACGAAAGUGAUAACCCAAUAAAGUGUCAAGCAGAUAAUCCUAGUUGCAUUAAAUGUUUAAUUCGCUUCAAAGCAAAUGCAAACACAAAAUAUUUCUUGUUGGCGAUUUGUUCGCAUGGACACACACAAGACGGGGAUCUCCUUAUUUCAUUGGCUGAUGAUGAUCAAAACGAACCAAGCACGAAAAGAAAACGAGUCGCGACUUGUUCUCAACCAUGUGAUGACAGAAUGAAGCUUGGAGACGUUAUAGAAUUUCUUAAGGAAUGUGAGCCGUUGAAAACAAAAACUGUCAUCAUGAUCAUUGAGACUUGCAGGGCGACUAGCUUCAUCGCAGCCAAUGAAGACAGAGGAGUACCAGUCCUCGUCGCAGCAGGACCCUGCACGAACAGCACUGCAGAGGACGAUAACGACGCUCAAGCGACGGUCACAAAUGUUCGACCCGACCUGCCUGCUGCUGAGCAAUGGACUCGACGAUCGCAGGAAACGGAUAGGUGGGCUGUACCAGUGGAUCUUCCAAAGAACUAUAUAAUCCUGUUUGGAACAACUUCCUUUCGAGUAUCGUACAGGCAUAAAACGGAGGGUUCUUGGCUGGAACACGCUCUUCUUCAGGAAAUGAACCAAUACGUCGUCAAACAAUUGCGAAUACACGUUUUGUCUUCAUGCAGACCAACGGUACAUCCGGCGACCUUCAACCUCGUCACACGAUUAUUGGCUGUGGGAUCUACAAAACGGCGAUGGCCUCGAUGGUAAACAGUCCCUCGCUGAUCUUAGCGUAACAGUUGCGCUCUGUUUUCUUACCGAAUGCCAAUAUUUCGGACAGCGUUGUCGCCAGUUCGACGUCACAAACGUCAAUAUAAAGGCGAUAAUGCACCGGAAGCAGCGGCCAGGUGCCUUUAUUAGUCUGGAAAGUUUCAUCGAGAUGCCUACGUAUUUUGUUUUUCCAUUAAAAAACAAAUGCGUAUACAAGCUCUUAUUGAGUGUUUAUAUAUUAAAAUUCAUUUUCUAUCUCCGAAAACGCGUCUUCCCGAUCUUGGAUGCCAGCGGUACAUCCGGCGACCUUCAAUAAUGGCACACAAUAAAAGAUCGUGGGACGCGACAAAAUGGCGCUGGUAUCGGUUGUUACCAGUCCUAUUUUUCCGAGUCAGUGCAGCUGGUUACUUUGUCAUUGUUCACCCGCGAAAAAAGAACUGGUCAUCAUUACACAUAAAAACUAGGUAGAAAUGUUGUACAAUACAUAUGUGCGAUACCCAACCUAUAUUUACAAUGAUUUUAAUUGAUUUAUUUGUCUCUUUUUUUUCCUUUUUAUUCAGAAAAUGGCAGUUCCUUAUUCAAUUUGAAUAAGGAAUAAGGAACUAGAUCCUUAUUCCUUAUUGAAAUCGAAUAAGGAACUGGGUUAAAAUUAAAUAAAACUAAGAAGAAAUUCACAGCAGUUAAAGUUUUGGAUACACAACGUGAAAAACAAUGAUUGCCAUUGAUAUAUUGGUCUCUUUGGUUCAUUUUCAUUUAUUGUUUUUAGUAAGAAAUCGCCAGUUCAUUAUUCGAUUUAAAUAAGGAAUAAGGAGCCAGUUCCUUAUUCAUUAUUCAAACCGAAUAAGGAACUGGAUUCUCAUUAAAUAAAACUUAGCAGCAAUGUAUUGCAAUAAUUUUUUUUUACGUGUACCAUCAUUUCAUUGACAUGUAGUAUUGUUUGGUUAAUUUUAAUU